AUGAGCGCCCCCUCCCCCCGCUAUCCCCCUCCGCGCACGCCGCCUCGCAGGCCCGCGCUCUCCGAGCGCGCAUCAGCGACUCUCGCGCCGAUCGUCAAGCAGAGAAGCGCAAUGGGCGCGCGCGAUAGCUUCGCGUUCUCGCGCGUCGAGGACGAUUUCGCGGCCGCACCACCGCCGCCGCCGCCGACGCCGUUGCCUCCGGGCUCGUGGUUGGGAAGGGCGGCGAGGAGGCGAGGGAUGACGGCGACGGCGACGACCGCGAGGGAGGUGCCGGCUUCAGGGGAGAUGGGCUCGCCGGUGCGCCGCGGAGGCGAAGAUGUACUAGUCGAGGAGGUGAAGAAGGAGAAGGGGGAGGAUGGCGCUGCUGCUGCUGCUCCUGAAACCCCCGCCCUAACUUCCACCAUCGACUCGCCGUACCUAGGCAUGAUGUCUUCGGGCCCGCGGCGCCCCCGCCGCCCUGUGAUGUCGCCGCUGUGGAUGCCGCCUCGGCGCCUGGUUUUCGCGCCGCUUGGGGGCUUCGGUGCGGUGAGCGAGGAGGGCGAGAUAGAGAAGAAGGAUGGGGAGACGGGGUAG